AUGGACCAGAGGGAGGAAGCAGCGGUUGCUACAAUAGGACUGACUGAAUUUCGUCGACAAGAUCCGCCAAAAUUUAAAGGGGAGUAUGACCCUGACAAGGCUGACAUCUGGCUGCAGGAGAUUGAGAAGAUAUUUGACAUCCUACACUGCCCCGAUAAAAUGAAAGUGGAGUAUGUCGCCUACUUAUUGAUUGGUGAAGCUGAAUACUGGUGGCAGGGGGCGAGACAAAUAACGGAAGGAAACCACGAAGAUAUGACUUGGGAAGUCUUCAAGAGAAGGUUUUUGGACAAAUAUUUUCCGAAGAGUGCUAGGGCUGGGAAAGAAGACCAAUUCUUGAGACUAUAUCAAGGAAGUCUCACGGCGUCCGAGUAUGCGACAAAGUUUGAGUCCCUAGCAAAACAUUUCCGCUACUUCCGUAACCAAAUGGAUGAAGAGUACAUGUGCGAGAGGUUUGAAAGCGAACUCAUGUAUGAGAUUAAGGAGUGUGUGGGACCCCUAGAUAUACAUCAGUAUCAAGUGCUGGUGGAGAAAUGCAAAAAGGUGGAGAUCAUGAAACGGGGCCGCCUGAAUAGAGGUGUUAUUGGUGGACCAGCGAGACCUCAGAAACCAAGCCAUCUUGCAAAAUAUUUUCAAGAGAAGGACACUUAUGAUAAUAAGGAGGUUGUCAACAACAAGGAUGUUGCACGCCGUACUACUCGAGGACAUGUUUAUCAUAUUAGUGGAGAAGAAGCACCAUCUUCCUUAGAACUUAUUCAGGGUGAGUGUUUAAUUGCUAGAAAGAUACUUGGUGUGAUAUAUGAUUAUGGAGCAACACACUCGUUCAUUUCAUUAGAUUGGGUGGAUUCGCUCCAACUAGAUGUCACUACCUUACCAUUUAUGCUGAACCACCAACAGACUGAAGUUUUCUUUGAAGGGAGGAGUUCAAAAACAUGUGUUUCUCAACCCAUCAGUAUGACUCCAGAGGUUGUUGUCGAUGGGAUCCCAUUGGUGAAAUAUUUCUCUCAAGUUUUCCAACCUGACGUACUAGGACUACCCUCAACCUGUGACGUCGAAUUUUCUAUCGAUGUUAUUCCAUAUGCUUGA